AUGCGAAGGCUACGCGGAGGUUGCUUUCUGCUGAUAGCAUGCGCGUGUCUGGUUCGUUAUUGCAGCAGCCCUGGCUGCGCAAUGCUGCCUCAGAGCCCCCCUGGCCUGCAGUCACGUGAGCAUCUGGGGGCUUGCAGUGCCUCUGGUGUGGAUUUGUCUGGGCGCGCAGCAGAUCACUGCAGAGAUGUAUCGGCGCGCAGAUUCGUUUUGGCCGCUGCAGCAUGGGGGUCUGCUUCGGCAUGUGGGACGCACUCUGCAUGGUCCUCCUCGGCAGCGAAAGCCAAAGUGGAUGCAGACAUUCUCGACGUGCCACUCUUCCCCUGCGGAUUCGGCGACACCGCACUCUGCACGUGUGCCUCCUUAGGUGAGCAAAGGGUGUGUGGGCUCAUCGACACGGGCUCCCCCUGGCUCACAGUUCCUUCUGGCCGCUUGUGCGCCUACAGCGGCAAGUACGGGUGCGCAGAUGGGUUGCCUGACUCUGGGCUGCCGCGCGUCUACGACCAGUACGGGGACAGGCAGGGCUACCUCAGAUGGCUCCGAGCGCCCACGAUGCGCCUCGAGGCUCCGCAGGGCCCCCUCGGAGUGUCCCCGGUCGUCGGUGAGGAUGUGCUCGUGGCGGCCCCGGACGAGGAGUUGGUGCGGGCCAGCGGCGGCUUCGUCGUGGGACUGAUCAAGGCGAGCAGCGACGCGACGCACCCGUCCCUGCUGCAGCAGGUGCGUCUGCCCGGGCGGCGGGAGGUGCAGGCGCUCGAGGUCGCGUCGCCGUCGCGCCUGCUGCGCCUCGCUUCCCGCCCACUGCUGCCGGCCUCCGCCGACGCAGUGCCGCUCGUGGACCUGCGCCCCCUGGGGCUCUCUGUGCAUCACCGGGCGCUCUCGGGAGGGACUUCCGGCGAGGAGGCGACUGAGCUGGCGGAAGCGUUCUUCAUCAACGGCAUCCUGAACUUGCACUCCGGGCCCUUGCCGUGGUUCAGGGAUGCAGAGUCUGGGCCUCACGUGAUCGGUAUCGGCCAGGCGCCGCUCAGCCCCGCGGGGCUCUGCGGCGUCGUUGCCGCCAGGACCAGCGUGCACAGCGGCAGCGUCGUCCCUGGCAGGUGCGUGCAGGAGGCCGCGGAGGCAACCGCGGUCGCGGCGGUCGCGGAGACGGGCGAGGCGCCGCUGGAGCCCGUGGAGGACGCGCGGCCGCGGCACGCGGGGCUGCGGGCGGCAGGCGAGCGCGUGCGGCCGCGGCUGCUGCAGGCGCUCGAGGCCGCGGAGGCGUGGCGGCUCGGCCCCGAGGAGGUGGUCGUGGUGCAGCCGCCGCAACCGCAGCGGACGGUGCCGUCGGAGGAGCCGCGGCAGCUCCUGUCGCAGAUGGCCCGCCAGGUGGAGGAGCCGCUGGCGCGGGCGUGCAGGCUGGAGGUGUUCCUGGAGUACUGGCAGGUGGCUACGGUGGACUGCCCGCGGGAGUCGGAGCGGCUGCAGGCAUGGUGGCAGCUGGAGGCGGAGGUCCGCCUGGGAUGGCUGGCGCUGCCGGCGUGGCAGGGCCUCCCGUUGGAGCUGUUCCUGGACUGGGAGGAGGUGCUCUUGGUGUCGGAGGUCACGGCGGCGCUGGUGCUUGGGCCCCGGCUGCUGGCGGCGCCUUCGGCGGUGCAGCUGGAGGCGUGCCCGCAGGUGCAGGAGCAGCCCCAGGUGCUGGUGGCCUGCUGGGCUGGGUGCCUGCAGCUGGUGGUGGAGUCGGGCCUCCAGCGGCCUGGACUGUCGCCAGGAGGAUUGCUGGAGUGCGUGACCCUGGACAGCUUCGGGAGCGCAGUCGGCACGGCGCUGUUCACCAUCCAGAGCGUGUGGCCUGGCGACGGCAUGGGUGUGUUCGUGGAGGCGUCCUUCCUGGGUUGCAGCAGUGCCGCCCUGUGGCCGAUGCUGUCGGGGAGCUUCAAUCACCUUGGCGGCGCGGUGCUGCAUCUGUGCACCCAGCAAGCCAGCGUGUGCUCAGGGCUGGUGCAGUGGCCUCAGCGCUCAGUGUUGCACGUGGAGACCUACCGCAUGCGAAGCUCCACGGGGGUGACUGAGCCGUGGGCUCAGACGCUGCUGGCCAGCCGCGGUGCCGCGGCUAGCGCGGAGCCUACCCCCGAGGAGCUGAAGAAGAAGGUGGCUGAGUUGCGCCUACGCUUGCAUCGCAAGCGUGGGAUAGGAGCUCUCCUGUCGAGCAGAAUGAACCAGAUCAAGCGCUAUCUUGCACGGCGUGGUGGGGCGGACACCGACAAGGGCCUGGACGAGCUGGCGGCGAUGGUGGUGCAGUACAUCACGAGCGUCCGGCACGGUCACCACCCGCAGAGCGAGAUGGGGGUGAGAUAUGUCCGCGAGAUGCGGACUGUCGGCGGGUGUCUCGACGCGCUGCUCAGAGGAGAGUUGGAUCACCUGGGCGAUCUCUUGAUGCAGAGGCUGAAGGCGAUCGAGCAGGCUACCGAGGACGGCCACUGGCAGGUGGCCCAGCAUCUCGAGCUGCGCGACGACCUGGGCGCGGGUUUAGCUCGCCAGGAGGAGGUGCACGACGCCGUGAGCAAGCACAAGAGGAUGUUUGGCCUGGCCGAGAGCGCGGCGAAGGCCAAGAAGGGAGGUGGCGCAGGUUCACCUUCACCGCAGCGCAAGGGCGAGAAGGCGAAGACCACGAGCUCGGGCAAGCAGAAGUUCAAGAAAGGCAAGGGCGGCGGCAAGUCAGGCAAGCGGCAGGGCCCCGGCUCCAAGGGCAAGCCGAAGGGCAAGAGCAAAGUUCAUCCGUUGAGGACUUCGGCGCCAUUCUGCUGUCUCGGAUACUUCCUGCGCUGCACCCUGGUACUGAACGUAAGUCCGUUCGAGGUCGCCUUCGCCUACCCUGGCCGCCGCUACUGGCGCGCCACUCAGCGCAAGGCCCUCAAUAAUCUUCUCUAUGAGGUCAGAGUCUUUCGUGAGCAGUGCGCUGGCCUGGUCCCUGACAUCGACUGGGACACCGACCUUUGUUCCGCCGCCACUUCCUACGACGGCGAGGAGGUGUUCCCUGCCGAGCCCCUGGACCGUGAUCGUUUACUCGAAGCCCUGCCUCCUCGAGAGGCGUGCGCUGCCGUGAGGGCCGUCGAUGUAACAGAGGGCUGGAUCAGAGCUGCCCUCUCCGAUCCCGGUCUGCUCCUGAAGGACGAGUCGGAGCUUGGCAGCCUGCCCCCCGCUCCGAAGGUCUGGGCCUCGAACGAAGAGUGGGAGCUUAUCGCUGGCGACCUACUCGAGAGGGGGAUUCUCAAGACGAUUGAGUACGAGGACAUCGUGGAGGGCGAGGGGCCGCAUCGGCUGGCGAUGAACAUCAUCCCCUCCGACUUCAUCCAGAAUGCCAUCGAGGGCGACGUGCCGAUGCUGCCCCACAGCGACAAGUGGAAGAGCGCGAUCCUCAGGUCUGGAGAGGUGAUGCUCUGGAGCGCGGAGGAUCUGAAGUGCUGCUUCUACGUGUACAGCCUCGGCGAUGUGUGGUUGAAAUACAUGGCCAUCUCAAAGCCCGUGAGGAGGUGCGUUGCUGGGCUUUCAGGCAAGGGCAUGAUAUACCUGGCCGCCGCCGUCGUGCCCAUGGGUGGCUCUCACAACUCAGGAGUGGCUCCCGUCCGUGGCGAGGUCGGUCGCACUGAUGAUGACGAGGCGCGGACGAUCUACAUCGGACGCGGCUCCAGCUCACUGCAGCUUGCUCCAUCGAAGUGGGGCAACCCGUUCCGCAUUCGGGAUGGUCUGGACAGGAGGCGGGUCAUCGAGCUAUUCGCAGAGCACCUGGAGAAGUCGCCCGACCUCCUGGCCAACUUAUCCUCUCUGAGUGGUGCUCGGCUGCUUUGCCACUGCAAGGAGCACCAGGCCUGCCACGGCGAUGUUCUGAUCGCGAAGUGGUUGGAGCGCUUCAACACGCCAGCCCUCUGGAGGGCCUGGCAGGUGUACAUCGACAACUUGGAUGUGCUGGAGAUCACCGACUGGUGGCACGCCAAGUCCCUGCAGGAGGAGGGGAUCAGCGAGGCGGUCGACCUGGCGCGUCGGAGGUAUGAGCACUUCAACGUGCCAAGAAGCGAGAACAAGGCCGUCAUCCGCGAGACCACGACGCAGUCCUUCGGGGAGGUGAUCGAUGGGGAUCGCGGCACCAUCGGGCCGCCCGCAGAGUUCGUGCGACGGCUGAUCUCCCUCACCCUGGCGACUCUGCAAAGGCCCACAGUGACUCAGAAGUGGAUGCAGAUCCUGGCGGGCCGCUGGGUUCGGUGCCUCCUGUUCAGGCGUGAGGCGAUGAUGUGCUUCACUCACUUGUGGCGGUUCUUAGUGAAGUUGCGUGGUGAUGCGAAGGUGCCGCGAAAGGUACGCGAGGAGCUGGCGUCGGCCUUGACGUUGCUCCCGUUGCUUCGCUGUGACCUGCGCGUGCCGAUCAGCGGGCUGGCGACGGUCUCGGAUGCCAGCAUGCAGCGUGGAGCCGUGUGUCGAGCUGUUCGCAUUCGGCCUGACGGAGUGGCCGCUGCGAGAGCGGCCAGCCGAAGGCUGGUGACUGACUUCCGCGACGAGGUGGUGCUCCUGUCCUUGUUCGACGGCAUUGGUGGGGCUCGCCGCGCCCUGGACCUGUUGGGGCUCACUCCCGCGCUGUUCGUGUCCGCCGAGAUCGACGCCGAGGCGAAGCGAGUGACCAAGUAUGCGUGGCCGGACGUGCUGGAAGUCGGCGACGUCUGCUCCUUUGGUUUCGCCGAGGCGGUGGCCAUCCGCGAACGAGUUCCGCAUGCGAAGUGUAUACUAGUGGUGGCCGGUAGCCCGCGCAGCGACCUGGCCCGCAUCAACGUUGAGCGUACUGGCCUUCAAGGGAGACGCUCACGUCUGUUCUACGAGAUAAACCGCAUUGUGUCUCUGCUGCGUGAGGCGCUGGGUGAGUUCUGCACGGCGCUGUCCCUGGUUGAGAACGCGGCCUCAAUGGAUUCGGAACCGCGACACUUGAUGUCACAUUCCCUGGGAUGCGAACCUGUGUGUAUCUCAGCGGGUGAUGUCACACACUGCCAGCGUGACCGCUUGCACUGGAUCAAGGAGGAGCUGUUGACGCCGUGGCAGGGCGAGACGUUUGUCAUGGACUCGGCGAAGCACGUCGUGAUCCCUGACGGGCCCGGUCCAGUUGAACGCUGGCUGGCCGCUGGGCUUCAGUGGCAGGGUGACGUCCAGGAGGACUUCCGCCUGCCCACCUUCCUGCGCUGUGUUCCUCGUCGUGCCCCAGGUCAAUUCCCGUCAGGUCUCGGCAAGUGUGCAAGUCACGAAGUCGAGCGUUGGCGCAGGUUCAACUACUGCUACGCGUCCUACCAGUUCCGGGACGUCAACUGCAUCGAGGAGCCUGACGGCAGCCAAAGUGAUAGAGCACGCAAGCUCGAGAAAGCUGACCUGGAAUGUUGCCGAUGCGCUCUGCUUGGGAACAGCUUCCAAUGUGUGGUUGUCGCCUGGGUGCUGGCCCACUGGGCUCAGAGAGCAGGCUACCUGACCGAGAUCCCCUCCGUCAGGCAAAUGCGUGAGACUGGAGGUGGCGCCACCAUCGCCGAUGCCACAGUCAGCAUGGACCAGAUGGAUUGCGACGACGGUGUCUUGGUGCGCCAGCACGAUCUCGAGAGUGAGGAUGCCGCGCUGGACCCCGGCAUCAUCAUCGUGGAGGAGCUGGCCCGCCGCGCCGAGGCCAGAGGCAGCGACAUCAGGCUUGACACGUUCGAGGCGAUGCGGCCUGAUCUGUGGCCCAGGCGACCAGUCAGUGCGGCGCGCUGGUCGUGGAAGGCCACCGCCAUCUGGGACUGGAAGCACCCGUCCCACAUCACGGACCUUGAGGUCGAGUUCAACACAGAGUCAGAGCAGCUCAGGAUCAGGCUACGCGUCGUCAGCUUCGGGCCGCGGUGGGUCGCCUAUCACGCAACCUGGUGCAGCCACGGUGCCGACCACAUUGAUCAUCUGGAUCUGCUGGUGGCCGACUGGAUCGAGUGGCUCUGGACUGAAGGGCAUCCUCAGGGCUUGGCAGGUAACGCUCUGUCAGCCGUCCAGUUCUUUUUGCGCAAGAAGCGCAUCCUGCCAGCGUCGCGGAGGCUGCUUCGUGCUUGGCAGAGACUAGAGCUGCCGCAGCGCGUGCUUCCGAUGCCUGACAUCGUGCUGACGGCGCUGGCUGCCACGGCGCGUGGCUGGGGCCGCAACGACGUCGCGGCGCUGCUGGUCCUCGGCUUCGCGGCCUUCCUGAGGACCACCGAGAUGCUGACCCUGCGGCGCUGGCAGGUCGCCAUGGACGAGGCAUCAGCGCAGGCAGGGGCCGCCAUGGACAACCGCUGGGGAACGGUGGCAGGUGCCAGCCAGGUACCCCUGGUGUUGGUGCUGGUGCCCAUUCCCACGCGCCCCAGCCCAUGCAUCACCGUAAAGGCAGGGGCCGCCAUCGACAACCGCUUGGGAACGGUGGCAGGUGCCAGCCAGGUACCCCUGGUGUUGGUGCUGGUGCCCGUUCCCACGCGUCCCAGCCCGUGCAUCAGCGUAAAGGCAGGGGCCGCCAUCGACGACCGCUGGGGAACGGUGGCAGGUGCCAGCCAGUGCGGGAAGUGUGAAUGGAAUGAUGUGAUCACACGUGGGCAGGGCAUAUGCACCAAGUGUAAGCGAGAAGUUACCCUGUUCACCCCCAAGAAGAAGAAGGGGGGCCUCAGGUCCAGAUCGCAAUCACCAGGGAAGGUCUCGUUUGCCGACGAGGCGGAGGUGUGGGACUUCGAGGAGCAGGAGUCCGACCAGCGCAGCUCUCAGAAGGGCCCGUGGUCCAAGGCCAGCUCCACGAUCGACCACCUCAUGGGGGCAAUGAAGAGCACCAAUGACCAGGAGCUCAAGACGGCGCGGCGGCGGCGAGCGAUGGAGCCGCCGGGCGGCUGCUGGCAGGGCCCCGGCGACGAGGGCGAGCCCGCGAGGCCGGAGCGGCCGCUCCUGCCGGCCGCGGCGAGCCCGGCGGCGGAGGGCCGCGCGGGCGCGCGGCGCUGCGGGCGGGUGCCGGCCGCGCUGGCCCUGAGCGUCGCCGCCCUGGCCGCGGCCGGCCUGGCGGCGGCGGCCGUGGGGCGCGGGGGCUCCGGCCGUGCCGAUGUCGCAGGCCACGGGCUCAGAGCUCGAGCGGACGACGUCGUGCGCCUCGCCAUCGCCACGGACUGCGAGUCCACGGACGAGGACAUCCUGUAUUGGACGGCCGUCACGCUUGCAGAGCUGCAGGGCGUGGAGAGCGCCAAGGACUGCCGUGCAAAGUGCGAGGGCCUGUUCUUCUGCUCCGCCUGGACCUGGGGCAAGGACCCCCAGGUCGAGGACGCGAGCGAGGUGUGCUUCCUGAAGGGCAUAGACGGCGGCGAGGAGCCUCACCCGCUGAAGCAGCAGGGCAUGGUGUCCGGGAGGCCCUGCCGCGGCACGGCGGCGUCCCACGCGGCCGCCUCGGACGGGCCCGCCGACGGAGGCGACGAGGACGGACACGCACCCGUCCUGGAGGCGCCGAUGACCUACGAUGUCGUCGUCUGCGGCGCCGCCAACGACAACCUGGACUUCAAGAGCUCCAUCGACCUGGGCGAGGAGUCCCAUAUUGGGUCCUGGGAGUUCUGCUUGGCCAAGUGCGAGCUGACGCCGGAGUGUAGCGGCUGGACGUGGGGAAAAGUACGGAGCAGCAGCAAGACAGACAAAUGUUGGCUCCAUGGCCUCGCAGAGGGCGAGGAGUUCAUCAAAGAGAACGACCCGUCCGUCAUUUCAGGAGAUGUCUGUCAUACGCUCAGCCAGAACAGAGGUAAAGGCAGCGACAUCAGCCUAUUCUGCUGGGCGCUGAUGCUUCCAGGCAGUUACGAGGUGGGGCUGCUGGGCAUGCAGCAUGAGAAAGGCAUUAAUAUUUUCGCCUGCGACGGAAGCAAGGUCUACAGUAACGUUUCUGUGACUAUAGGUGGCAAGUUCCAGUCAACAGUAGUUAACGUAAACCUCCAAUGCUCGAUGGGGGGUGAGUUCGGAACCGCGCUGAAUACUGAGAUUUUCAUCGAAGUGUGGAAGAAGCUGAUUGCGGAUGCAGAUUAUCUUAAGUAUGAUUGGACGGUGAAGACUGAUCCAGAUACGGUUUGGUUCCCAAAAAGGCUCCAAGCCAUCCUCGUAGAGCACCCUGAAGAGGCGAAGGGCGUCUUUCUGAACAAUUGCUGGAGAGGCAUGCAUGGACCGAUUGAAGUAUUCUCCAAGAACGCUGUCACGACGUGGGGCGCAGGGAUAGCACAAUGCAUGGAUGUGUUGAACCAAGUGUGCUCAGGGAUGUGCGAGUGGGGGGAGGACAUGUGGAUCGACCAGUGCCUCUGGAAGAUUCUUCAGGUAAGGCGCGACGACGUCUUCGAACUGCUCAUUGAAGACCAUUGCGACCCCCCUGAUGACGAUGGCUGGCGCACUUGCCAUGAUGCCUCAAUGGUGGCGUACCAUCCUUUUAAGAAAGAAGAUGAGUAUGUAGACUGCCUCAAGAAUUCUCAGGCAGAGGCUGGCGAGGAUCCUGAAGAGAGCCACGCUGCUGAGUCUCAAGGAUUCGCUGCUGAGUCUGCAGGGGACACUGGAGAGUAGGGGAGUAGGGCGCCCAGACCAGGCACGGCAGUUGUCGUCUUCCAGAUGCCCUCACGAAGUUUGGCCAAUGUCGUGGCCAUUCGAGUCGUCCGUGAGUCAGCCGGCACGUUGACACCAGCUGUGUUGUUUCACCAGGUUGCACGAAGGUAUACUUAGAUUUUUCACGGGUGUGUACUGGGCUCCGCCUGUAGACUUGAAGUAUGUUCUUCUAGGUUCGCCUUGAAUAUUGGGUGCGCUUUUUCCGCUGUUGAAUGCUCCCUGGCUCAAGCCCAAGGGUUUCCCAAGGGAUUCGCAGCAGACUUGGCCUUCAGCGCUUCGAGGACCCACCAGCAAGACCUUCGGGGAGAUGGUUCUCCAAGGGGCUUGUGAGUGCCGCGAUUCGCCUCCACCGUCUCCUCGCAGCCGGUUUCGGACCGCACGCUUCUCUCUCUCUCUCUCUCUCUCUCUCUCCAACGUGACUGCCCGCUCUUUGCAGGCUUGAGACUUCGAACCGAAGAGGCCCCGACAAAACAGGCAGGUGCCCCAGCAGCCGUCCUUCCCGCCCGGACUCCAGAAGCCGCGCCGGGGCUUGGCGCGCACGAGCGAUUUCGGUGUCGGCGACGACGCGGGGGCGCGCGCUGGAAGGGCUGCGGUCGGCGGCUCAACAAUGGAGCCCUAAGGGAUGGGGACCUGAGGACGCCGUGGAAGCCC